AUGGCUGUUCUUCCCGGAGUCCCAGGAAUCUCCGUCUGCAUCAGGGUUGCCGGAGAGGUUGCCAUCGAAUAUCAGGACCCUGAGCAACAACCGGAUUCCGAAUCUGAUAACCCGUCGUCCCACUGUUAUAUUGAAUCACGGGGCGGAUCCGAGUUCGCCAUAGAAACGACAGUUGCACCUGAGUAUCGCCUUCAGCGUGGACACAACUCCCUGCUAGUUAAUCCCAUCAUCGAUGGGAAUUCCACAAGCGGCAACAUCCGUGGCCUUGCGUCAGUCAGGGGGCAUGUGGACAUCACUGUACUAUCUUCGGCAUACACGACAUCAGAUACUCCGAACAUGGUGAACAAAGCGAACUUCGUGUUUGUCCCCAUCACUACCAGCGACGAUCACGAAAAUAUGUACGCCCGCGAUCUCGUGGCUGCAAAGUCGUUGGGAACCAUCGAGGUCAAGGUCGCGACAGCCAUUUCGGGCGUGAACUCGCUUUACAAUGCCCGAAGGUUUGACAAGAAGGAAAGCCUCAACGUCCAUGAGAAGGCAAUGAAAGGGAGGGAUUUGAGACAUGGGUUAUCUCUGGUCCGAACACCAAUUGCCACGGCGUAUACUGAUUACCGCCUAAUUGGCACAUUCUACUUCCAUUACCGAUCCCACGAGGGACUACAGGCGCAGAUGAUCAUUCCUCGCUCACCAUCGCCGACGCUGCCAAUGGGGCAGGACGAUGAUCUGAGUCAUCUUUCGAAUGCCGAAAUUCGCCGCUUGGCUAGGGAAAGAUUGCAAACUGUGAAGACCAUGGACGAGAAUCCUGCGUCCGUCAAGCGUGAACCCGGGUCCCCGCCAAGUUCACUGCGGCCACUGAAGUUAGUGAAGCUUGACGAUGGCACGGAGGCCAUUGACCUUACGGAGGAGGAUUGA